CCCUGUGGACCACAUUGCCCAGCGUGCCUCGCGCGACGCCCUGCUUGCCGUUCCUUCAGGGUCCGCGCAGGGCAUGCCGGGAGCGGUAGUCCUUCGUCCUAGAGCGGCUCUUGCAGGGCUCCCCAGGAAGGACGAGGACUCGUCGAAUGGAGAAGAAGCCUCCUCUGCCGCCAUGGUUCACGCCUUCAUCGUCCACACCUUGCGCAGCUGGGGCCGUUCUGGGGACGAAGCCCCGCCUUGCAGAGUUCUCUAUUCCAGGGUCUUCAGCCCUGAAAGGCCCGAAGGCGGCGGAGGCCGAGACCCCGAGAAGGAGCGACUGGCCCAGAAGGAGAGGAUCUUGGCCGUAGCCAGGCAGGUGGAUUCCGUGUGCAAGCUGCACCUGCAGGCCGCGGGGAGGCCCACCUGGGAGCCGCUGGCCCCGGCCCCUGAGGACCCCUCCCCGCUGCAGGACGCCCCGUCGGGGGCCUUCCGCCUGCCCCCCGGCGACCCCUUCCCUGUGGCGGAGGGGGAGCGGGCGGUGCUGUGGCUGGGGGUGCACUCCGUGGCCUUUGCCCUGGUCUGCGGCCCCCAAGAGAACCCGCUCCUGGCCGAGUGCGCCCUCCGCAGCGUGGCCCGCUCCCUCCUGGACCACCUCCACCUCCUGGGCUCCGGGAGCGAGGUGCUGCUCAAGGCCGACCGGACCGAGGCCGUCCUCGCCCGCUUCCUGCCCCACGGGCAGCUGCUCUUCCUCAACGACCAGUUUGUGGCCGGCAUCGAGAGGGAGGUGGCCGCCGCUCUCGGGAAGUGAGAGAAAGGGUGAAUGUGGGCCCCUCAGUGGGCUCUUGGACUGAAACCCGAGCGGACUCACGACUGUGGACAGGAUCCCUGUCAAGAUGGGUCCCAGUCAAGGUGCACCUUGACGUUUUCCUUUUUAUUGAGGGAGACUUCACUUCUGCUUUUCUACACCUCAGCUCCCAGAAUCCCCAAACCUGCCUGCUCCAGGAAAAGUAACUUUUCCAAGCUCUCUAAAUCUGGGGUAGGAGUCACGGAUUGCACCCCUUGCCUUCGUCUUUGGUCUCACCGCUUGCAGGGCCUGGCAUUCUGUACACUCCCUGCAAGGAAACAACUUACCUCUCAGUAAAGCAAUGUUGUUGUUGUUGUU